AUGUCAGUGCUUAGUGGUUACCUGGGCAGUAAUAUUGUGUUGGUCAAGCGCAAGGAGCAGAAAUCGGAAUCCGUUCGUAUCUGUCUCGAUCCAAUACCGCUGAACGCAGCGCUCAAGCGUCCCCAUAUGCAAUUCACCACUAUCGACGAAAUUUUGCCCGAAUUAGGGAAGGCAAAAGUGUUUUCAACGGCGGACGUUCGCAAGGGUUUCUGGCAUGUGCUAUUGGAUGAGAAGAGUAGCCGACUAACAACGUUUUGGACACCGUUCGGGCGGUACCGAUGGAUUCGUCUACCUUUCGGGAUCGCUUCCGCCCCGGAUAUCUUCCAGAUGAAGCUGCAAGAGGUGAUUCAGGGAUUAUCGGGAGUGGAAUGCGUUGCUGACGAUUUGCUGAUUUACGGCUCGGGAGACACGUUGGAGGAAGCUCUGGAGAACCACAAUAUCUGCUUGGAGAAGUUGUUGGUUCGCUUGAAGGAAUGCAACGUCAAACUGAACUUCAGCAAACUCAAGCUCUGCGAAACGUCGGUCAAGUUCUACGGACACGUGUUGACGAACAAGGGACUUCAACCGGACGAGAGUAAAGUUGUUUCUAUCAAGAAUUUUCCGCGUCCGACAGAUCGUAAACAGCUUCAAAGGUUCAUUGGGAUGGUGAACUACCUCAGCCGUUUCAUACCAAAUCUCAGCGCAAAUUUCACUGUCCUUCGGCGAUUGAUUUCGGAGAAAGAGAAUUGGGUUUGGUCAGAAAAGGAAGAAGAGGAGUUCAAUCGUGUCAAGUGUUUGGUGGCAGAUACUAAUACACUGCGAUACUACCAUGUGAACGAGCCAAUAGUGAUCGAGUGUGAUGCUAGUUCUUACGGUCUAGGGGCAGCUGUUUUCCAAAGCCAUGGAGUAAUUGGAUACGCUUCACGUACCCUCACGCCUACUGAGAAGAACUAUGCACAAAUCGAAAAGGAAUUACUCGCUAUCCUCUUCGCUUGCGUACGGUUCGAUCAACUAAUUGUGGGAAAUCCUAAAAUUACCGUAAAGACUGAUCACAAACCGUUGGUUGCCGUGUUUCGGAAGCCACUACUUUCUGCACCGCGACGUCUGCAGCACAUGUUGCUAAAUCUGCAGCGCUACCGAUUGACAAUCGAGUUUGUCACGGGCAAAGACAACGUGGUGUCUGACGCGAUAUCCAGAGCACCGUUCGACGAAAAUCUCUCCAAUCUCUCCAGUUUCCUGAAAGUGAAGGAUGAGCAGUUGAACGAGAUCAUUGCAGCGACAGAAGCGGACACGUCUUUGCAACAGGUUAUGCAGUACAUUCGUGAUGGUUGGCCCGCAUCAGUGGAUAGAGUUCCGGAUAGUGCCAGAAUGUUCUUCAAGUACAGGAACGAGCUCAGCAUUCAAGACGGAAUCAUCUACCGUAACGACAGGAUUGUUGUCCCGUAUACGCUACGUCGGAAGUUGACUGGCAAAGUCCAUGUCAGGCACAAUGGGAUGGAGGUGACUCUAAAGUUGGCACGGGCGAACCUUUUCUGGCCUGGAAUGAGUGCCCAGAUUAAGGAAGCUGUCGCUCAGUGCAACGUGUGUGCUAAAUUCCAAGCAUCUCAAACUCCAGCGCCAAUGCAAAGUCACCCAAUUCCAGUAUACCCAUUCCAAUUGGUAUCAAUGGAUGUCUUCUUUGCUGAGUACCAAGGAAAAAGUUGCAAAUUCCUCGUUACUGUUGACCAUUUUUCGGAUUUUUUUGAAGUUGACCAGUUGAAGGAUUUAACACCGAAAGCAACGAUUGCUGUAUGCAAAUCCAACUUUUCCCGACACGGCAAGCCGCAACAGGUCAUAUCAGACAACGGAACGAAUUUUGUCAACCGAGAGUGGAAACAGUUCGCUCGUGAAUGGGACUUUCUUCAUUCAACAUCGGCACCACACCAUCAGCAGGCUAACGGAAAAGCUGAAGCGGCCGUGAAGAUAGCGAAACGGUUGUUGAAGAAAGCAGAUGAAGCAGUGUCGGGUGUUCCUGAAGCGAUUGAAGAACGAAGGCGUAAAGCGAAGAUUCAAGUUAGCAACAAACUGAACGAGCGGUCGUACAUAGUUGAUGUGGAUGGUAUGCAGUAUCGACGUGAUUUGGUGCACUUGAAACCACGUAAUGAACCCCAGGCGCCUGAAGUGAAUCCAGAUCAAUUCAUCAUACCAAACGUUGAUCCUGUUGCCACGGAGCAGUUGGCCGUGCCGGUUUCUGACAGAUCGGUGUCUAAUCGAGAAGCGACCAACAGUGUACCUGAUGCCGUUCAUCCGGAAGUAGCAUCAGCAGCGAAGCCACCGGAGACCCCGAAAGUUACCAAACCAUCCAAGGAUUCAGUCGUUGAUGAUCAAAGUGUUAGACCUAAGAGAAAUGUUAAGCUCCCAAUGCGAUUCAAAGAUUACUGUCUCUAA